GUUAGGGGAUACCUACUUUGACCGGUUGUGGUGCUCUUUUGAGCUCUCGAUCUUUGUGAAGCUCUGCGGCCUCCGGCAGCUGCGCGUGGUGCCUUUGUGGUUGGCACCGUGGCUGUUGGCCAGUGUGCUCUCCUCUUACAUUACCAUGCGACUAUCUGCGUUUGUCAUGAUAGCAAUCAACGAACCGGAUCUGGGUAUGGUUGCUUUGAGCUACGAUCGUGCAGCACAGGAAGCCCCACUUUCUUAUGGAGCCAGCCGCAUACUUGCGUACAUGGCCACAACACCAUCCAUGGCUUUGCUCGCGUCCAUUUCCUUUCUCCUCGCAAGUGUUGUGACUUUUCCGCGGAAGCUUCUCGCGCACGAAGCGAUGCUACGAGACAUGAGGUCCUACAACAUUCGAUCUGCGAAGUGUUCCAUUGAGCGGGAUCGUGACCAAAUCGAGGAGCAUGUCGCCGAACUCUUUGAUGGACUCGAGGACCCAAUCCUGGCUGUGGCCGUGGAUGCAACAGAUGAUUGCGUGGAGGUUGCAGAGGGUACAGAUGAAAUAGUCGAAUCCACAUCCACGAGGUCACUUUUGCGAUCGGUCACAACAUAUCUUGACCACGGUCAAUGCCUUGACGAAUUCAACGACUAUGUGCGUUAUUCACUUCGGGACAUGCUGGUCUGGGAUUUGGGCGUUGAGACGCAACUGUCAUUCAGCCAUUGCUUUCUGUUUGUCCUGCCGAAUGUUCUAUCAAAUGUGGUACAGAUAUGGUCCUCCCGGCAACUGCACAACAAGCUGGGGUAUGGCUCCGAAGAGCAGUACCUUGUGGCAUGCUACGUGGACACCAUUUUUGUAGCCCCGUUCAGCUUCUCCUUGUUUCCCCCAUGCUUGCUUCGCUUGACGGCCUGUGUUGUGGCCGCAACAGACCCGG